AUUCAUACUGUAAGUGUAAAGAUGGCAAGAACCAAGCAGACCGCUCGUAAGUCAACCGGAGGAAAAGCCCCGAGGAAACAAUUGGCCACCAAGGCAGCCAGGAAGAGUGCCCCAGCUACUGGUGGAGUCAAGAAGCCCCAUCGUUACAGGCCAGGAACCGUCGCUCUCCGAGAGAUCCGUCGUUACCAGAAGAGCACCGAACUUCUCAUCAGGAAAUUGCCCUUCCAGCGUCUUGUCCGUGAGAUUGCCCAGGACUUCAAGACCGACCUGCGAUUCCAGAGCUCGGCAGUCAUGGCCCUCCAGGAGGCUAGCGAGGCCUACCUCGUCGGACUUUUCGAGGACACCAAUCUCUGCGCCAUCCACGCCAAACGUGUGACAAUCAUGCCCAAGGACAUCCAGCUGGCUCGUCGUAUCCGUGGAGAGAGAGCUUAAGUCAAGUUCUACUUUCAAUGUAAAGAAAGGGCCCUUCUCAGGGCCAACUAUAUUUCAAAAG